AUGACUUCUUCGACUACGGUGGCCUCGACGUCUGCACUCGGACCCGACGGAAGGGCAUCCCUCGAAAAUUCCGAACGUCCCAAGCUAACAUUACGCAAAUUUGUAUGGGGAGACAAGCUCGUGCGGAAGACUCUCCCACAAGCUACCAUACCUCCUUGGCUCGACCCCCUCCACGUAGAUGUGGACGACCCCAAGAAGCUUCCUCUGUGCUGGUACGGAGUAGAAUUCCUGUCCGAUCUAUUCUUCAAGUUUGCAGAGCGUGUCGGUCUCGCGGCCUAUCUCAAGUUUACCCUCGGCCACAUGAAGGCCGGGAACUUGGACAUAUUCGAAACGUGGAUCAGAUUCACCGACUGGUUCGAGAACAAGUCGGGACUAAAACUAGAUCUGAUCAAGGUGUGGGGACAUGACGUCCCUAUUAUGACCGUGUUCUCGAACCACGAGAUCCCUCGUAUUACGGAUCAGAUGUGGCGGGACGCUUGCGACUUGCUGGACGACAUGGAGUUUCCUGACGAGUUCCAACUCGAGUGGUACUUGGAUCGCAGGCUGGCGAGUGAUCUCUCGUCUUCGCACGCCACCCCUGUCAUCUUUUUGACAAGCGAAACUAGCUCAUUUUUGAGGACAGCGCGGUAUAAGAACAGUUAG